CUUUAAAUACCCUAGUCAAGCAGAACACCUGUCAAAAAUGGAGGGUGGAGCGUACGGAGGUGGAAAAGCGGGUGGUGCUUUCGACCCCAUCCAGUUUGUUCAGAGGCCUCAGGUCAUCCUCAGGGCACUUUGUUUGCUAUUUGCCAUCAUAGUUUUUGGAUGCAUCUCUUCUCAAGGCUGGAGAUUUGACAAUGAAACUAACAAAGAAGUUUGCCUAUACAACAAUGACUCCGGCGCCUGCAACUAUGGCACCUUCAUUGGAGUCAUGGCAUUCCUGGCUUCCAUCAUUUUCCUGGUUGGAGAAUUUCUUUUCGAACAAAUGUCAUCUGUCAAAACCAGGAAACAUUUUGUUCUCGGUGACCUGGGAUUUUCUGGUUUCUGGGCCUUUUUGUACUUCAUCGGCUUUUGUUACUUGGCCAAUCAAUGGAGCGAUGCAGAAACCCCCGAAGGAGGCUAUGGUGUGAGCAAUGUGCAGGCUGCUAUAACAUUCUGCUUCUUUUCUAUCUUUUCUUGGGCUGGAUGUGCCUGGUUUGCAUUCCAAAGGUUCAAGCAAGGCACUGCAGCUGCCUUUAACUCGAGCUACGAAGCAGAUCCUGCUGUUAACCAAGCUGGCUACUCUUCUUACCCUGAUGCUGAAGUUGGUGGCUACAAUGAACCUCCCUUCUCAGGAAACAAUCAAGGUUCAAUGGGAGAUUACUCUGCUCCGACGUAUUAAAUUCAUUGCAGAGUAUGGUCGACCAAGAGAUAAAAACACCGUAAGUAUGAAAAUAUAAGUGCGGUCUGUACUUUCUCCAUUCCCAGAUCUCUCAUUGUAAAUUGCUAAGUUGGUGUCAGGCUGGGUUUUAGAACAAAACAAUACAUAAGAGUAAGACGCCUGAUAGUGUUGAAUUUUCUUGUAUUUAUUUGCAAAAUUCAUUAACGAUCUGCCGUUUAAACGGCCUGUACAUUUAUUCGGCUGCUAUUAUCCUGGAGCAAGAAAAACUGUUUUGAAAUUUUUAGAACACUGUUAACUAGCGAGAAAAUUUCACGUUUGUUAAUGUAAGCGUAUAUUUACUCAAGCACAACGGAAUUAUAACAAAAAUGCUAAUCUUGCAUCACAGUCAUUAAGAAAUUAUUAACCCUAUAAUAAUUUUGGACUGAACGAUAACUAGUCUGUAUUAUAUUUAUAUUAUUUAAGUCAUGAAUUAUUUUGGCUUUAAAACUGUGAUUUAAUUAGCUCCAAAAUGUUGCUAGCAUAUCAUUAAUUUUGCCAUUUCAUUUGCUCACAGCGCUUAAUCUCUAAGUUACCAAAAAUCAA